UUUGUUUGCAGACCUAGGCAUUUGUUUUUUUUUUUUUUUUUUUGUUUUUUUUUUGUUUACUUGGGUGUGGGUUUUGUUCUCCGUGUUUCUAUUGGACUCUCUCUUUUGUUUCUGCUGCGGUCUUAGGCGAAACUUUGACGACUGGAACAAGGCCAAACAACCAACCUCGCCUCCCUUGACGCAUAUCAACCUCAAAACCUAAAUUACUGCCUCCGAUCAUCCUGCGAUUCGCCUAGCAACCGCGCGUUAUCAACAACGCGAUCAUCUUCUUCCGUCGACCGGCAACGCGACCUGGCAGCAAGUCUAGCAUUCCAUAUCCGACUACACGUGGCCGCUGCGGUCCCAUCCGGAAACUUAAAAAAAACCACGCUCUUGCCACUCCGACGCAUCCGAUCGCCGCCGACCUGAACUUGCCAGAUCCCCAAGCAUUGGAUAGACUUUGCAGUGGCAGCCUCCGCAUCGGUGAGCCGCCAUUGCGCUCCAACGAACCCUAAGCCGGCAGGAUGAGCAAUCGUCAUCUGCCGGCUGGGCAGGCCAUGGAUGGCGCGGGGAGCGCGGGCGUCGCCAUGAGCCCUUCACACGGUGGUCCCGGCCCGAGCCCGGGUCCGCGCAGAGGUGGUCGUCCGCCGGCCUAUCAUCAGUCGCACUCCGCCUACAGCGCCACUCAUCAUCAACCCUUUCAACCGCACGUGCAACACCCGGGUGUCUAUAGCGGCUACAUGGGCCAUCCCUAUGCCAACUAUGGCUAUCCUCAUACUGCUCCGAUGCCGCCACCCUAUCAGAACGGCGCCCAGUACUACGUACCCAACAUGCCUGGCCAGCCGUACAUGCCUUACCCUGCGCAGUAUGCUCGAUCGCCUCCAAGCAUGCACCAGUACGUCCACACAAUGGGAACUGGUGCAAUACCGCCCCAGCCCGUACCGCAGCCGCAAGCAUACCAGCGCAACCAACAGUCGCCUAUUGUCGUCUCGUCUCCGUACCCGAACCCUCCACCUCCUCCUCGGUCCGCAUCCCACAAUCAUGCCAUGGUCGUGCCCCCUCAACCGAUACACAGUACACCUCAACACGCUGCUGCGCAAUAUGCUCCUCAGCUCGUGCCGCAAGCCGCUCCUCGGGCCCAGACCGAGGCUGCGGCCCAGACGGCUGCUCCUGUUGCUCCUGUUGAAGCCGAGGCACCCCCCACACCUUCAUCAAGCAGCUCAGCACAGGCACAGGCGCCAGCUUUGCCUAUGACGCCUCCGACACCACAGACCGUUGAGACUUCGGUUGAGCUGUCUGCCAGCCCGAAGGCUCAGGCACAAGCCAACCUCUCACCCCCUCGAACAAGCUUUACGCCACCUCUUCCUUGGUCUACUCAUCCCGACGAGUCAUGGCCAAAGCGAGCCAACAAGAUAAAGAGGUGUCACAAAGCGCUCGAUAACCAGGUCCAAGCGCUUUCCCUCCCGGCAAUGGAAGAAUCAGGCACUGGUGCGACUGCUGAUAGCUCAGUGGAGGCUACUGAGGGAUCUGCGGCGUCUAUUUCAAAACCUACUGAGGCGACAGCUGCUCAGGGUGCCGAAACAUCGGGUGCUGGCGAAAGCGACCCGUUCCAUGCUAAAUGGGAGGUGUCUGUACAAGCAGACCCAGUUGCACACUCUCCAUCUUCACAAGACCAACCGUCCGGAGCAUCCACAUCCCCUACAACACCUGCUUCGAUCAACGCCACUCCGUCCGCCACAUCAGCCACUCCAACUCCCGGAAAGUCCAAGGGUCCCAGUCGCCCUGCAGCCGCGGCCGUACCCAUAAUACCAGCUGUACCCAAGGGUUCACCGAAGGAGGCCAAGGUCUCUCAAGCAGACAAAGUACCUGUUGAGCAGAAGGCUGACAGUUCUGCAUCCGAUGCUGGUAACACCGCUUCGACUUCUACUCUGUCUGCUGGGCCGACCGCAACUGAAUCUCCCUCGUCUGGGCCUGUACCUGCCUCUGUUCCCGCCGCUCCCAAGCUCUGGACUGGACUUUUCGCCAAAACCGCUGCUGCUGCUGCCAGCGCUACUCCUGGCGAAGCCACUUCUGGACAGACUGGUACCAAUGGGACAGCCGCUACGGAUUCUGCUACUGGCAAUACUGCCACUGGUACGUCUGGCUUCGUUCAAGCGAAAAACAGCUCGCUCGCCGAAGCCCUGAGGGCAUAUCGUGUUGGGAACGGAGAUAAGCUAGCAUUUAUUGAACCCAGAGGCCUGAUCAACACCGGAAAUAUGUGCUACAUGAAUUCUGUCCUUCAAGUCCUUCUUUUCUGCACGCCUUUCUACGAUUUUCUCGAGCAAGCAGGGAAAAAGGUUACUCAUAGCUUCAACAGCGAAACUCCUCUUAUCGAUGCCAUGAUUGAGUUUAUGCGCGACUUCAAGAUCAUCGAUUCAGCCAUUUCAGUUGAUCAGUUGCGACGCAGGCUCAAGAGCGAAGAGCUUGAGCAGUACGGAGAGCCGUUUACACCCGAGUUCAUUUACGAGGCCAUCAGGAAGCUCCCUCGCUUCUCAAGCAUGAGGCGUGGUCAUCAACAAGAUGCUGAAGAGUUUCUCGGCUUUUUCCUGGAGUCACUUCAUGAUGAGUGCACCCACGUGAUGCGCGCAGCUGGGCCACAAUCAAGCACAUCCACAGCCCCUCAAUCAUCCGCGCAAACCCCUACUACAUCAGCGCCCUCCGUGGGCGGUGGUGACAACGAUUGGCUCGAGGUUGGGCCCCGACAGCGGGCUGCUAUCACCCGCUCAAGUGGCCAUUCAGACAUGUCAUCUCCGGUCACAAAGAUCUUUGGAGGAGAGCUUCGAUCCGAACUGCGGGUUCCUGGCCUCAAAGACUCGGUCACGCUUGAGCCUUACCAGCCCUUGCAGCUGGACAUUGGCGCACCUCAAGUGCGAAAUAUCGUUGACGCUCUGCGUCACCUGACCAACCCUGAGAGCCUUCGUGGUGAUUUUAACUCUCCUCGGGGCAAGGAUGUUUCGGCCACCAAGCAGGUGUUUAUCGAGUCUCUGCCACCUGUGCUGAUCCUCCACCUCAAGCGAUUCCAGUUUGACGCCGAGGGCAAUGGCACUGUGAAGAUCUGGAAGAAGGUCGGCUAUCCACUCGAGUUAGAGAUCCCCCGCGAGGUCAUCUCCCGCGCCAAGCGCACGGCGGGCAGUUUGCCCAAGUACAAGCUGAUUGCAGCGGUCUACCACCAUGGCAAAAACGCCAGCGGAGGUCACUACACGGCUGACGUCCGCCGCCAGGACGGGACUGAGUGGAUCAGACUGGACGAUACUGUUAUCAGACGCGUGCGAAGCGAGGAUGUCGCCGAGGGCGGUGCAGAGGAGGAUGUUGUGAAGGGCGACAAUGCGUCUCGCAAGGACGGCGGUGGCUAUGCUUCGGCAGCCGCCAACCGCUUCGCGGGCAUGGGCGAGGACGAUACGACCGACGACGACGGAUGGAAGCAGGUCAGCACACCAGCGAGCGGAGGCAAGAAGUGGAGUAGCGUUGUCAAUGGUGCCUCACCAGCAGCCGCAACAAAGGGGAAGCCGAUCAAGGACAACAUCAAAGACAACAAGGUCGCCUACCUACUUUUCUACCAGCGCAUCUAGGACGGCACUGGCGAGGGCGGAGCUGGGCAGUUUGUCUUGAAUGUCAAGGGUGCUGCAGGGCAUAAAUUCAGCCGGAUGCCGCCCGUUGGAGAUCGGAGAGGUGGCUGAUAUACAUGCUACAAUUCGCUUCCUCUAUAUACUUCGGUGUUGCGGCGUUUCGGUGCUGGCUGGGCUGGGAGGGUUUUGGGGGGUUGUUUUUGCAUGAGGCUCUCCCCAUGUCCAACAUAUUGCGCAGCAAUGGCGCCGGGAGGUUGGACCCAGGCGGAAAAAAAGAAAUCUUUGGUUUAGCUUCGCAAAAGGGGCAAAUAUUAUGCAUCGUUGCACCUCCGUACGUCGGGUGUGUUAUUUUUUCUUUUCUCCACAUUUUGUGCAUCUUUUUGCAUGAUGUAAGUCGGAGCGUGGAGCAUUUCAUCUGGCGGUUUUCGGUGGAAAAAAAAAAAGUCGAAAUGAAAAAGAAGAGAUGUCGCUUGUUGCUUGACGCCCAGGCACCAUCUCCACAUAUUAAAGUAAUGCGUGAAAGGGGAGGAGGUUUUGAGGGUGUGGGUGUCAGGGGGUGAUGGGGUGAGCCUUUGCGCCUGGUGGAAGAAUCAGAGAAAGGGGAGGCGUAUCAACCGAACCCCUCCUGAUAGCAAAUGGCCUGGCCCUGCGGAUGAUGGGGGUUUUUGAUAACCAGGGCAGUACGAUCCACCAGUGGGUUUGAGACGAUGUCCUUUUUUUCUUCUUCUUCUUCUUGGGCGUGGGAGGGCAUGAUAUAAUUCAAGAGGUUCAUGUGCUGCAGGUCAAAAAAAAAAAAAAAAAUGCAUGUAGUAUCACGACUGAGAGAGAUAUCAAAACUCCCCGGAAGAAUGGGGGGAGAAAGUUGUCGCAGAUGAUGUGUUGUUGCACAAUCAAAUAAAAAGAAAAAGAAAUUUCAGAAAAUUCAUUUACUUAUGAAUGUGUUUCACAAAAAAGUUACGUCA